GUUGUUUUUUUUAUUUUGUUUUUGUCUCCAUUCUUUUUUUCAUAUGUCACAACAACGUAAAAAGAAAACUGUUGAAUAUCAUUUUGUUGAUAUGAAUGACCCAGACAGAUACAAGAAACUCAAAGUAGCUAGAGCCUGUGAUUUUUGCAGAAAACGUAAAUCAAAAUGUGAUCUCGGUGUGCCGGGUUCAGGUACCUGUUCUAACUGUAAAAAAUCAAAUCAAAACUGUAUUUUUUCGCCUGUCAAUCCAUCCAAACCACAAAAGACAAUCAAGACACACUCAUUUCAGCCUCAUGAUCCUUUACUGCCCAGUCUAACUCAGAUCAAUUAUCAUAUCACCAAUCCAUUUUUCUCUCUGGAUCCUCAAGGACAUUGUGGCUAUGAAAAACAUGCUACCAUUACUUACAAUCACCCUUCGUUACAUGCUGUUCUACAUGACAUGCCCUCUUAUUCCAAACACCUUGAACAAGAAAUGUUUGAUGUCUAUUUCUGCUAUGUGCACCCUUAUUAUCCAGUCCUGGAUCGGUACUCUAUCAUGCAAGCCCUGAGAUAUGAUAGUAAUGCAAUUCCUGUCUCCCUGAAAUUGGCUGUGAUCUCUAUCGCACUCCAUUUUACACCCCGCUAUCAAGACUCAGAAACAUUAGCCAAUGCUUAUUAUCAACAUGCCUGUAUGCAACUUAAUUAUGAACCUACUUUAAUGACCCUGCAGACAUUAUUCCUACUCUACAAAUAUCAAGAAUUAUUGACACCUGUAGGCAUGCCCUUAACCACAGUUGCCUUGGACUAUUUAAAGCAAAUACAGACCAUGAUACCACAACUACAACAGCAAUUAAAAGAAAAUACAGCUACAUGGGCUAUUCAGGAUGAAUUUCUAUGUCGGGCUGGUUGGAUCUUGUUGAUUAUUGUGUCCAUGACCAGUCGAGCAGAUGAGCGAUGGACUGAAUUGAUCCAGUACUGCAACACACCUUCACGCUUACCUAUCUUGACAGAAACAGAGCACUAUGACAAGGUCGAAUUAAACACAACCUGUAGUCUGGUUCACUUUAUCAACCUGACUUUAUUGUAUUCGCGUGCUAUUGGCUUUAUCUCAGAUCAGAGUUCUUUAUUUACCUCCAAGGAGUGUCCUGAAUUGAUCAAAUUAACACAAGAUCUUGAUGCAUGGAAAUCAACCGUGCCACAGUCAAUUUCGUUCAUGUUGGAUUCACCUCAACGCUCAUUUGAUGCAAUCAAGCAAUCGACUUCUUUCACCUAUUAUUUAUGCUUGAUUCAUGAUAUUGUUGACUUGUUGUUGUCCAUUCAUCAACAGACAGACAUGGUCGCCAAAUCCAUCCAACUCUGUAAACGCACUUUCCAAUUUUGUGCUCAUGACAUGCAUCGCUCAAGACUGGCUUCUAUUCAGGGCAGCCGUCUGAUUUCUUAUGGUCUGACACUCUCACUUCAGUCCUUGAGCUAUUGUCGAUUAGAACAUCAAGACCAACAGAAAAAGACAUUUUAUUAUUACUGUUCGCUCAUCUUUCAGACAUUCGAUAUCUUGACACUCUUGCCCAAUUUGCACCUGAGUCUCCAGACACUCAAGACACAGAUUGAAGCAAGAGAAAAGUUAAGUACGGUCGAGAAAGGGUCUUUUUAUACAACACAUGGGCGCUUUGAUCAGUUUAGUUCCAGCGGUAGCAGCAGUAGUAGCAGUGGUGGCGCUCAUUCAGGCAAAAGCAGCGAUUAUUUCUCACCUAUUCAUCCUCAAGACUCUUCCUCUUCAACUUCUUCUUCACCUUAUUAUCAUACAAGAACAACCAAUACAGAACAACAAUCAUGGCCACAUCACACACAUUAUCAAUCGUAUUCACACCAUUAUUAUGAUCCUCCUAUGCCCACCACACCUACCUUUGAAGAAGAUGUUGGUAUGUCUUCUGUUGAUUAUCAUCAUGAUCCUCUGACACCACCUAUUACUUUUUUAUCUUUGGAUUCUUACUUUCAAUUACCUCAGCCUACUUCACGAGACACUUUGAUUGCCAUACAAGAACCUCCCCACCUAUUUCCUCUCGUUAUUGAAGCAUCUAAAAGCUGUAAAAACAAGCGUUUGUUUUAAGAACUUACGAUUUUAUGUGUGUACAUGUAUGCUUUUU